UUUUCCACGACACGCUUGCAACAACGCGGGUAGUUAGCAUGUGAUAAUAUUGUAUGAGUAAUCUCCUGUGUUCACACACAGCCAAUUCCAUCAUCUGGACUUGGGUUUUUGACCUCUUCCCUCCGCUUCCAGGUCCAUCAAACGCCAAAAGUCGCAACCUUUGCCGUCAUUCUGAGCCCCGGCAUAACAGGUCCACCAAUACCGAUCGGACUUUCCCACACCUCUACUUUUCAUUUCCGUGCGAAGAAUGGUAGGGAUGCCACACUUGCAAUGCGGUAUACUUUCGGGACGAAAAUCAGGCCGAUAGAACCGGAACGUGAUGUUGAUUCGACAUUUAGACGGCUCAAUGGGUUCUCCGGGCGAUCGAGGAUAUGUUGGGCGGAAUAAGUCAAUUGCGGUUUGAGGGACAAUGCAAUGUUUGAACGAUUCUUGACACGAUGCAUGCAUGAUAGCGAGCUGCGCGAGAAUGAGGGACGUUGAAAGUGCGUGCUUUGCGGGUAUUCGCUUCGUUAGUAGGAACUACCUCCCGUAAUCCAAACAAUCUACAUGUACCUGGAUCUCGGUGAAUUCAUGUUUUCAUACAUCGGUUGACGAUACACACCCAAACUCAGCGAGGCUUGGGUUUGUGAGUCAGGGAUGAGCGACGUCAAG